AACACACUAAAAAAAAAAGUUUAAGCCAAAAUCUGCAAUCAAAAGAGAGGAAGAUGUGUUGCAACUCCCAUGGCAUUAUCCGUACAAGCGAACCUCGUUUUCCCCUAUUCUCCACCCACCCACCAACAAUUUCUCCAAAUCGUCGUCUAUUUUUUCUUAACUAUCCUUCGAAUUAUGGAGUUUUGAGGACAAAAUUCGUGUCAUUCAAACCUAAAUCGAACCUAAACGAUGUCGUUUCAUAUACCGACACGGAUAAGAGCUUUUACGAUCUUCUGGGUAUACCGGAAACUGGAUCGUUGUUGGAAAUCAAACAAGCGUACAAGCAAUUAGCAAGGAAGUAUCACCCGGAUGUUUCACCUCCGGAUCGGGUUGAAGAGUAUACACAGAGAUUUAUUAGGGUGCAGGAAGCUUAUGAAACGUUAUCGGAUCCUGGAAUGAGAGCUUUGUAUGAUAUAGAUAUGGCUAAAGGACUUCACUUUGGUUUCUCUGCUCGUUCACAUGAGGCGAUGGAGGAGAAAGGUGAGUGGAAAAAUCGUUGGCAGUCUCAGCUAUCAGAGCUCAAGAGACGAAGAACGUACAAGGAAUCCAGUAACAGUAUGUCUUGGGGAGCACGGAUGCGCAAGCAAAGGGACGAUGCAUAAUCUGAAUCAAUAAUAACUAAUACAUCUUAUUUUAUUUUGGAUAUACGGGAAUGUUUUUAGUUUUCUGCUAGUACUAACCAUAUAUGAAUCACCUUAUAGGCAGUGCAUAUUGUACAUAAAGUAUAUGAAUCAAGAAUAUCAUUUCCAG